GAGGCCUAUGGCAUAGAAGACUAUACUGCAUCCAUGUGUGUGAAGAGAUAGUUACUGCAAUCAGAAGGGAUAAAAACACCGACAGCGAAAGAAAAAGAUGAGUACGUUGAAACCAAGUGGGCUUAAGGCUCCCACCAAGAUCAGCAAGCCUGGAAUUGCGUUACUGAAGUCAGCUGCAUCUGUUGCUGCUGUCCCAUCAGAAAAGGCAGCAGCCAGUGAGAAGACAUCAAGUGCACCCACCUCAGAAGCACAGGAGGAGUUUGUGGAUGACUUCCGAAUCGGAGAGCGUAUUUGGGUCAAUGGGAACAAACCUGGCUUUAUUCAGUUCUUGGGAGAGACGCAGUUUGCUCCAGGACAGUGGGCAGGGAUUGUGUUGGAUGAACCAAUAGGGAAGAACGAUGGCUCUGUGGCUGGAGUUCGCUAUUUCCAGUGUGAGCCUUUAAGGGGGAUCUUCACGAAGCCAUCCAAGCUAACGAGAAAAGUGGUGACAGAGGAUGAAGCCAAUGGUACGCAGGCAUCGCAUGCUUCUAGAGCCACAUCGCCAACCUCUGUGUCAGCUGCCAGCCUUAUGUCUUCACCCUCAGCAGCAGCCCACCUCCCCUCGACAGGUAUUCCCCACAAAACAUCUCCUGCUGCUGCUAAGGAACACCCGGUUUCUCAAAUUAGUAAUCUUUCCAGAACGGCAAGUGAAUCUAUAUCUAAUCUUUCCGAAGCUGGCUCGCUGAAGAAAGGAGAAAGGGAGCUUAAAAUGGGAGACAGGGUUCUGGUUGGUGGUACGAAAGCUGGAGUCGUGCGCUUCCUGGGGGAGACCGACUUUGCUAAGGGAGAAUGGUGUGGAGUUGAAUUAGAUGAACCACUGGGGAAGAAUGAUGGAGCUGUGGCUGGAACUAGGUACUUCCAGUGCCAACCCAAAUAUGGCUUGUUUGCCCCCGUCCAUAAAGUUACCAAGAUCGGCUUCCCGUCCACCACGCCGGCAAAAGCCAAGGCAGUCAGGAAGGUCAUCGCCACUCCCUCGAGCCUGAAGCGCAGCCCGAGUGCCUCCUCCCUCAGCUCCCUGAGUUCCGUGGCUUCAUCCGUAAGCAGCAAGCCAAGCCGUACAGGACUAUUGACAGAAACAUCUUCACGGUACGCAAGAAAGAUUUCGGGCACCACCGCUCUGCAGGAGGCGUUGAAAGAGAAGCAGCAGCACAUAGAGCAGCUCCUGGCCGAGAGGGACCUGGAGAGAGCCGAGGUUGCCAAGGCUACCAGUCACGUUGGGGAGAUAGAACAGCAGCUGGCGUUGGCACGAGAUGGGCAUGAUCAGCGUGUACUGGAAAUGGAAGCAAAGAUGGACCAAUUGCGGGCCUUGGUUGAAGCUGCUGAUAGAGAAAAAGUAGAACUGCUUAACCAGUUGGAGGAGGAAAGAAGGAAGGUUGAAGACCUCCAGUUCCGGGUAGAAGAAGAAUCCAUUACCAAAGGCGACUUAGAGCCAAAGAGGCAGAUUUCUGAAGAACCCGAGAAUACGCAGACCAAACUGGAGCAUGCCCGCAUUAAGGAGCUUGAACAGAGCCUGCUCUUUGAAAAGACCAAAGCUGACAAACUCCAGAGGGAGUUAGAAGACACUAGGGUGGCCACUGUAUCUGAAAAAUCUCGGAUCAUGGAACUGGAAAGAGACCUGGUGCUGAGAGCGCAAGAAGUAAUGGAACUGCGGGCCAAAUUAGAGUCCUGUAAGCCCGUCAGUAACGUGGACACAUCUCUCUCCCUGUUGCAAGAAAUCAGCGCUCUGCAAGAAAAGAUGGCAUUGCUAAGCAAGGAACAUGAAGGUGAGAUGAAGUCUCUGAAAGAGAAGCUAGAGAUCAGUGAAGAAUCUUAUCGGAAGGAAAUCAAAACCUUGCUGGCAUCAAAUGAGAAAAUGGCGAAGGAGAGCGAGUCACUGAGAGCAAAGUUGGAUACUGCCCACAAGGAGAACUUGGAGGUGAUCGAUCAGUGGAAAGCCAAGCUACAGUCUGUGAUGGCUUCCCACCAGCAAGCCAUGGAAGAGCUGAAGACCUCUUUCAGCAAGGGGGCGGGGGCUCAGAUGGCUGAAUUUGCUGAGCUCAAGACCCAGAUUGAGAAGAUGAGAGCGGAGCACCAGAACGAAAUGUCAAGCCUGAAACUGAAACAAGAAGACGAGAGGUCGCAUCACCAGAAGGAGAUGGAAGCUCUGAAACUGAAGCUGCUGGAAGCCGCCGAGGAGAAGGAGAGGAGCUUGGAGACCCUGAAGACCAAACUGGAAAGUGCCGAAGAUCAACAUCUGGUGGAAAUAGAAGACACGCUGAACAAGCUGCAGGAAGCCGAAAUAAAGGUAAAGGAGCUGGAGGGUUUCCAGGCCAAGUGCAAUGAACAAGCCCGGGCUAUGGAUGAAUUCAAAGCAAAGGUGAAAGCUGUGGAAGCAGAGCUCUCGGAACUGGAUGCCCUUCGGAAGGCUGGUUCAGAAGGUAAACUGGAGCUGGAGAAACUUAGCCGGGAGCUCAAGGCAGCUGAGAAAAAGAUUCAGAAUUUAGAGAAUGAACGGAAUAAUGAAAGUAGCCAGGCUGUUAAUCUGAUCAAGGAACUGGAAGGGAAAGAACAAAAGCUUCUUGAGCUUGAAAAUAACUUGGGUACAGUAAAUCAACUUAAAGACUCUUUGGAAAAGGAACUUCUGGACCUGAAAGGAAAAUUUACUAAGGCUGCAGAUGAAGCAGAAAGUGUGCAAAAAUCUAUGCAAGAAACUGUUGAAAAACUAAACCAAAAAGAACAGCAAUUUGCACUCAUGUCAUCCGACCUAGAUCAACUAAGAGCUGCCUUGACAACCAUGGACAGGAAACUGAAAGAGAGGGAAGACAAAGAACAGCAGCUGAUUGAGGCCAAAGCCAAACUUGAAAAUGAUAUUACAGAAAUAAUGAAAUCCUCGGGCGAUAGUUCUUCUCAGCUGAUGAAGAUGAAUGAUGAGCUGCGGUUAAAAGAAAAACAGCAAGAGGAAUUGCAGCUUCAGCUCACCAAUGCGAACGAAAGGGCUGCUCAGCUGCAGGAGAACAUGGAGCAAGCAUCACGUCAAGCUGAAGAGAGACAACAAGACGCACAGAAAAACCAUCAGGCCGAGCUGAAAAAGUUGCUAGACAAGUUAAGCAGCCUGGAGAAGAAAAUCGCAGCUAGCCAAUAUCAGUAUAAGGACUUGCAAGCAACGCAUGAAAAAACACAGUCUGAGAUGGCUGCCCAGCACAAUGCAACCAUCAAAGAUCUUAAACAACAUCUUCAGGAAACAGAUCAGAGUUUGGCAAAGUCACAAAAAACAAACAACGAUUUGAAAAAACAGGUGGACGAGUUGAAAAAGGAAGCAGAGCAUGCAAAGUCCUUAACCUCUAUGUUAGCUGCAGCCAGAAAAGAGAUUGAACUAAUGUCAGACGAGAUGAGGGCUUUGAUAUCAGAGAAGGAGUCCCUGGCGCAGGAGGGCAAUGCUUUAAAGUUAGAAAAAGGUUCCUUGUUAUCAAAACUUGUAGAGUUGGAGUCCAAAGUUGGGUUGUUAAAACAAGAUCAGGAAAAGCUUUGGACAGUGAACGAAGAACUUAACUUAGAGAACAAAAAAACCUCAAAGGAGAAACAAGAAGCCGAGAACAAAAUUCAGCAGGAAAAGGCAAAGAAUGACAAGCUGCUUUCUGAGAAAGGAAAGCUGCUCUUGGAAAUCGAGGCAGCCCAAGAUGAUCUUCUGAAGAUAACUAGAGAGAAUGAUGCUCUGCGCACUUCGAAAGCAACUCUUCUCCAGCAGGUGAAUGAGCUUCAGACCCAUAAUAAUUCCUUGGCGGAGGAGCAUCAGAACCACAUCAGCCAAAGGGAAGAGCUAGAAGACUGUCAGAGGAAGCUCCUGGAGGAAAAUGCUGCCCUUCUCAAAGACAAAGAUGAUGUCAUUGAGAAGCUGAAGAAUUCUUAUGGCGACAUGGCCAGAGACCAAAAGGAGCUCCUCCAGGAAAUCUCCACGCUGGCUGCCGAGAGGGAUUCGCUGUUAGUGAAACACUUAAGUCUUGAAAACAAAGAUGAGGCUUUGAAAAGGGAAGUGGACAGCUUGAGGCAGACUAGCCAGGAUCUCCAGCUGGACAAGGAGGCCCUCUUGAAAAGCCAGGAAGAACUGCGUAGAAGCUUGGAGCAGGCUCUGAAUGAAAAACAGAAACUUGGUGGGAAAGUGGAAGGCCUGCAGGCUGAUCUGGAAGGGGCAAACAAAGCGCUUAAGAAGGUCACUAAAGACAAUGCGCAGUUGCAGGCCUCUCAUGCCAGUCUUUCGAAACUGCUGGAGGAGAUUAAGACCAGCAGGGAGACAACAGACUCUGAGUGCAUCCAGUUAUUACAAGAGAAGGAUGCCUUGGCUUCGUCCGAAAGGAGGCUUUUGGGCGAAAGAGAAGAUCUUCUGAAUGAAAACAAGGCGAUUUCAGAAAAGCUGGAUAAAAUCUCAGAAGAGUCGGCCCUUGUUGAGAAAGCAUUGAACGAGAAGCUAAACCAGGUGAGCACAGAGAAAGAACUAACGUAUCAGAAAUACACAAAGCUUAAAAAGCAGAACGAGAGUCUUGCCAAGGACAAGGCCACACUGGAGGCGAAAUGCGCCGAGCUCCUGGCAGAAAAGCAGUCUGCCGCCAAAGCCCUGUGCGACUUGAAGAGGAAGCACGAAUUGGACAUCUCCGCCAAGCGAGUGCUGACCCAGGAGAAGGCCAAACUUCAGGGCAGUGUUGAAAUUCUGAAGCGGGAGCUUGACCUGAAAAUGGAAGAGAACCAAGAGUUGGUCAGCUACAAGUGUGAGCUGUCCUCCAUCUUGAAAGAGACUCAGAGUGCCAAAACUGUGCUAGAAAAUGAGUAUUCUGCUCUGCUUCAUGCGAAGCAGCUGCUGGCAGCCUCGUUUAAGAGCGGCUGUUCGGAGAAGGAGCUCUUGAACCAAGAGAAUACCCGGCUGCAAGAAGAGAGCCAAAGGUUAAACAAAGAGUUCAAGAGAGUUCAGGACAGCCUAACCAUCGAGCAGGAAGGUAGGAGGCUAGAGAAGGAGUCUUUUCUGGUGGAGAACACAAAGCUUCAGAACAGCGUCAGUUUCUUAGAGAGGGAGAAGGAACAGAUGACGUUUAGGAACAGAGAGUUGCUGGCUGAGAGGGAACAACUGGAACAAAAGAGGUUAAAAUCUGAAUCCAAGCUAGAGGAAAUCAUGAAAGAAAAGGAGAUCCUUAGUGUUGAAACAGAUCAACUUGCAUCCAGCAUCGAAAAACUCAAGAGCGAGUUUGCAGCACUGACGAAAUCAAAGGUGGAACUCCAGGAAUUGCACAAUGGUGUCUCUAAGAUCCUAGAAGAUCUCCGUUCCAGCCAUGAAACCUCAGAACUGGAGCGCGCUAAGCUUAUUCAGGAAAAUGAGAUUCUGCUUUCAGAGCAGAAGAAUCUGGUCUCAGUAAAGGAGGAGAUCUUGAAAGAGAAGGAAAAGUUUUCCAAAGACUACUGUAAACUGCACAAGGAAGUCACGCUCUUAGCACAGGCUAACAGUGAGGUGUCAGCCAGCCUCUUGGAGUUUCAGAACAAAAACCUGGAACUGCAGAAGGAAAAGGAUGAGCUUGCCUUGAAACUGAAAGAAAUCGAGAGUCUCCAGCCACUGGCGGUAACCCAGAGAUCUGAGGCUGCACAACCAGCUGAAGGUGUUUUGCAGAUGGUUGAGCAAGUGACCAAAGAGAAGGGUGACCUUCAGAAAGAGAAGAUGGAGGCUGUGGCUUCACUGGAGGAUUCCAAACGAGCCAACCAGAAACUGCAGAAGGAGUUGGAUACCCUUAAACAGAACAGUGUGAAGAACCGAGAGGAGCUUAACAAGUGGAAGGAGCUCCUGGAUACAGAAGGGAAGAAAAUGGAGGAGAUGAGAAGAGAACUAGAAGCACUGAAGCUGGCAGAGGCUGAGAAGUCCCAGCAGCUUGCAGCAUUGCAAGAAGGGAACGUUAAACUUGCUGGGGAGUUGGGCAAAGGUGAAGUCACGGGUCAUCAGAAGCUGGACGAAGAGAGAUCUGUCCUCAAUAACCAGUUGUUAGAGAUGAAAAAGAGCUUGCCCAGUAUCACUUUAAGAGAAUCCGAGUUAAAAAAAGAAAUUGAUGCCGAGAGAACUUCUUUACAGAAAUCCAUCAGUAUUACUAGUGCCUUGAUCACAGAGAGAGAUGAAGAGCUGGAAAAACUCAGAAAUGAGGUCACAGUACUUCGUGGAGAAAAUGCCACUGCGAGGAGUUUGCAUUCUGUAGUUCAGUCGCUGGAGUCUGAUAAGUUGAAACUUGAGCUCAAAGUAAAGAAUCUGGAGCAGAAGCUCAGGGAGAGCCAGCACCUACCUCCCAGCUCAUCAGAUGACAUAGCUGGUGGCACCAUCGAGGAUGAAAACUCCCAGGAAAGCCAGAUUGACUUCCUAAAUUCUGUAAUAGUAGAUCUUCAGAGGAAAAAUGAAGAGCUGAAAUUGAAAGUGGAAAUGAUGUCUGAGGCAGCUCUCAAUGGCAAUGAGGAAGAAGUUAUUAACUAUGACAGUGAGGAAGAGAACCCGACUAAGAAGAAGCCUCGCCUUUUCUGCGACAUUUGCGACUGCUUCGAUCUUCACGACACUGAAGACUGUCCGACUCAGGCGCAGGCACCAGACGACCCUCCCCAUUCAAAUUAUCACGGCAGCCGAAAAGAAGAGCGCCCCUAUUGCGAAAUCUGCGAGGUGUUUGGGCACUGGGCGACAAACUGCAACGACGACGAGACCUUUUGAUGCAACUGAGGACCAGGGAGAACAAGCUUCGCUCGGUGUGUUUG